AUGAUUUCAUUUGGGCUUAAGAAGCAAGCAGUCACAAAAUUAAGCUCGACGACAUCAGAAGAGUCUUCAAAGGUUCGAUCACUUUUUGAUCAAUCAAGCGGUCCUGUUGAUGAAAGUAUUCAAUCCCGGUCGCUCAUUACAUCAUUGGAUUCAUCAGGAUUCGAAGGAAAGAUAACGCAAAGUCAGAAGCAGAUCAAACCAAUUGUUUGUAGAACUUUAUUGCCAGAGCAGAAGAAAAAUGGUCAACUACAUGAAAUUGUAGAAAUCGUUCCUCAUCGAGAGAAGAGACGUCGUGCAGAAAAUGCAGGAAAAGAAACAGACAACCAUCAGUCAAUCAAAGAUUUAAUGAAUUCUGAAAGUUUUGGGCUUUUGGGAGGAAAAAAUGAUGCGGAAGAAGAGAACGAGGAAGAUCUCGGACCUCCAAGCAAAAUUCGCGCAACAGAGAGGGACAUGAAACCAUUAAUAGAAGCACAUCGUGGUGUUGUGAGUAGUUUGGGACAGGGGAAAAACUCAAGGAUAGAUUCUGAAACAGACUAUGAUGAGGUCCCUGUGGAACACUUCGGAUUAGCGAUGUUGAUGGGAAUGGGGUAUGUCCCAACGAAAGACAAGAACGAACCAUUAGAAGUGAAGAGAAGGGUGUAUACGAAGGCAGGGCUGGGGGCAGACAAAGCGUUCGAAGAGGAUCGCAAGAAAGCCGUCACGAGUGGAAGAUAG